AUGUUAGAUAUUCUGUUCAUCUACUCUAAACUUAAUCCAGAUCUUGGCUACCGACAAGGCAUGCACGAGCUGCUGGCACCUAUUCUGUGGGUUGUGGAUCAUGAUGCAAUCGACACGACGUCUCUUGAAAGCUCUAGCUCUGCUGCAGAGGACAAUAGUUUGAUGCUACAGUGUCUUGAUGGGACCUAUAUAGAACACGACUCAUUCAUGUUGUUCUGCUGUGUUAUGCAGACUGCUCGCAUUUACUAUGAGUACAGUGACCAGCGUUCGGAGAAUGGUAGUGUGGAAGUUAUUCCCAUUGUCAGCAGAUGCCAGCAUAUCCAUGAAGAUUUGCUGGCUGUCGCAGACCGAAGGUUGGCGGAGCACUUGCAAGCCAUUGAAGUCCUUCCACAAAUCUUCCUUACACGCUGGCUGCGCCUUUUAUUUGGCCGCGAAUUUCCGUUCGACGACGUUCUUACCAUCUGGGAUAUUCUGUUCGCGGAUGGUUUGCGGGCUGACCUAGUUGACUUCAUUUGCGUUGCGAUGCUGCUGCGGGUUCACUGGCAAUUACUGGAUUCCGACUAUUCUACGGCUCUUUCGUUGUUACUUCGCUAUCCGUCGCCCCAGCCUCAUGCACCGUCAACUUUGGUUUACGAUGGGCUAUAUCUCGAGCAGAAUCCAAGCCCUGGCAGGGGCAAAUUUCUCAUUUCAAAAUAUUCAGGCAAGCCGCCUGAAUCUCCAAAGCAUCCAGAGACUUCGGGAGUGAGAUCUCCCUCGGCUAGGAAAGCUCAUCUUCGCAGAAACUCCAGAAGCUUCUCUGGCAACAUUUCCUCUAGUAGGUCAUCCAGAACGAGCAGCCCCAAGAACCUAGAAGCAUUCCUGCAAGACGUCUCAGAAGGCAUCCAUCGACGGACGGAAUCUUGGGGAGUUGCCAAAGCUGUCCGAGGCGCAGUGAACGAAGCAAGGAAGAAUAUACAGUCAGUACAGGCCGAGAGGAGUUUCCGGGGACCGGUUGGCGACGAGCCCACGAUGAAAUCACAGGGCGCAUCUUCUAUCAAUGAGUCUAACGUCGACAUGAAGAGGAGAGUCGAGUACAUGGAAAGACGGAACAAAGAACUUGCAAAAUCAUUGAGCCAGGCAUUGGACGAUAUACGCCCUCACCUGAUGAAUACGACGGGUCUUGACGCAAGUACGAAUGAUGCCAUGAGAGAAGCUUUCAGAAGGCUUCAGUUCGUCCAGGCCUGCCUCGAAGAUUCAUUAAUUCCAAUUCGUCCUGCAGAUAAGAAUGCUGGAAUAACCUCUACAAGUUCAAGGAAGGCGGGAUUUUCACCGAGCCAGUCGACGACGCCAGGAGAAGCAUCUUCCAGACAAACGAAGUCAAUGCCGGCAGACGUGACCGCCAAUCUAUCUUCAACCGACGAGGAAUUGAAGCGAGUCAGCACAUCAACCAACUUAGGUGACGAACCGAGUUACUUAAUGCCUCUGCGUUCGGCGCCGCGCCUAUCUCUAGCAGAUUCCGGAUUCUCCUGGAUGUUGGGAGGCAGUCGACAUCUUUCCGGAUUUGUUAGCUCGUCCUCGGUGACUCCGGAACAAGCUCGACAGAAUAGCUCCAAAGCCAAGAGUCCUCUAUUUAACAGCGGGGAAGAGGAGCAAAAACGACAUGGCACGGAGUCUGACGGGUUAGCGAUGAGCAGUCUCCGGGGCUCUAAGGAAAGGUGA